AUGUGGUGGUACAGUGGGAGCUAUUCUGACAUGUCCACUGGAAGUUGUCAAAACACGGUUACAGUCAUCUUCUGUGACACUUUAUGUCUCUGAAGUUCAGCUAAACACCAUGGCUGGAGCCAGUGUCAACCGAGUAAUGUCCCCUGGACCUCUGCAUUGCCUAAAAGUUAUCCUGGAAAAAGAGGGUCCUCGCUCAUUGUUUAGAGGAUUAGGCCCCAAUUUAGUGGGAGUGGCCCCCUCCAGAGCAAUAUACUUUGCUGCUUAUUCAAACUGCAAAGAAAAAUUGAAUGGUAUUUUUGAUCCUGAUUCUACCCAAGUACACAUGAUUUCAGCUGCAAUGGCAGGUUUUACUGCAAUCACUGCAACAAACCCCAUUUGGCUUAUAAAGACCCGAUUACAGCUUGAUGCAAGGAAUCGUGGGGAAAAGCGAAUGGGUGCUUUUGAAUGUAUUCGUAGAGUAUAUCAGACAGAUGGACUGAGAGGAUUUUAUAGAGGCAUGUCUGCCUCCUAUGCCGGCAUAUCUGAGACUGUUAUCCAUUUUGUUAUUUAUGAAAGUAUAAAGCAAAAGCUACUGGGAUGUAAGACUGCUUCUAUGAUGGAGAGUGAUGAAGAGUCUGUGAAAGAAGCAUCAGAUUUUGUGAGAAUGAUGCUAGCUGCUGCCACCUCAAAAACCUGUGCCACAACCAUAGCAUAUCCGCAUGAAGUUGUAAGAACAAGACUACGUGAAGAAGGAACAAAAUACAGAUCUUUUUUUCAAACACUGUCUUUGAUUGUUCGAGAAGAAAGUUAUGGGUCUCUUUACCGUGGUCUAACAACUCAUCUGGUGAGACAGAUUCCAAACACAGCCAUUAUGAUGGCCACCUAUGAAGUGGUGGUGUACCUACUCAAUGGAUAGCAGCAUGGCCUGCCAUGCUACAGAGCAGGAAGACCAAAAAGAUCACGGUGGACCAUGGAACCUUGAGGCCAGCAUGGUGGACAGAAGACUGUAGUUGGGAAACAUAUAACUGCUCUAUGCCUGAGUGGAAGUUUGGUUGUAGGAAGUCAAGUACCACACUACAUUAAUAUUUCAGUGAAGAAACCUUGGGCCACCUCUAAGAGAAUACUUUGAAAAGUAUUGCUUUCUUAAAAUUGCCAUUUUCUCUACCAUUGUUCACUAGCUAUGUAUGGUUUUUUUGUUUUUGUUUUUUAUUGAUUUAUGACAUUCAGAAUAUAGUGUUAAUUCCAUGAGCAUUCUUUCCAUCUUAAAACAAGUUAUGUCUAAGUACUUAUCCAAAGAUAGUAGUGACCAUUAUAAAUGUCUAAUUUGACAUCUUCUGUAAUACUGUAAAAUAAUGGUAGGUAGAUCCUUAAUACCAUUUCCCUGCGAGGCCCCUGCCUGGUACAAUGUUAUUUGGCAUCAGUAGUCAUUGUAUUUUGACAACCAAUGAAAUAGUACCUAAAUACUAUAUGUAUUUUCAGCAUGAAAAUGUUUUGGUUACAGCUAACAUUUAUUAUAAUGUGGACUUUAAAUUAAUAUUAAAUGCACAUGGUUAGUGUUGGGACUAUAAAAUAAGCUAGUGGAUACUGACUCAGUGACUAAGAGCAUAUCGCCAUGCAUUCUCCAAUUACAUAAUGCAUGGAUAGAUCUAUGAUUAUCACAUUCUCAUACCCACGUGUUAUUUACUUUAAAAGUAUAAAAGUUAGCGAGAUUUGAAUCUGUUUUAUUUACUUUCACAUUAAGAAUUUUAACCUUUAAAUUACUUCCAAGUCAGUAUAGAUUAUUCUUGGUUGGUAGAGAAAAUGGUAAUUUUUCACUCUUGCCCUUUAUAGGUUUCUUGAAGUGAUAUUAAUAUUUAGGACAGCAAAAACGUUCCAAAAAGAGGUCCUCAGCUGUGUGAUCCAGCAAAUCUUAGUUGGGAAAGAGUCUGUCAAUGACUGUGCUGAAUUGGGCAGAUUUUAUUCUGUCCUAGAACCUGAAUGCUUUAUCAUAAAGUCAGGCUUUAGUUCAGUGUGUUAACAGGAUAUAGUUUUUAAAUUUUGCUAUUGAGUCAGCGACACCUUUUAAUACUUAGUUGUAUUAUAUAUGGCCAUUAUAAAGGUGUUUGCUGUAAUACUAUAGGUUUUCCAAUGGAUGUUGUUAUACUGGUAUAUUAAACUUCUACAAUUAAACUCCACUGUGGUACUCAUCAGUGUACCUUAACCUUAAAUUUUGUGCAAUGGGCUUUCUCUUCAGAAUGACUAUGUGAAUGCACUUUGUGGCCUUUUAAGGGGGUAAGAAUUAGGAGAGAAUUCAUGUUUUUUUUUUUUUUUUUUUAACAUUGUUUGUGUUAGGCAGAAGCAGUGUUCAUAAUAUUUUUCUGGAUUUUUAGAUGUUUUGUAGAUUUUACAGUAUUUUAAGUGUGCUGUGUACUGUGUAAUGUCACAAUAUUAUGGAAAAGCCGCAUGCCAUUGGAAGCUUUCUCUGCUGUCACCAGUGAAGCUUAAUGCCCUCUUAAAUUUCUCACCUUCCUUGUAAUCAGUAACUGGAUGUUCUUGAGGUGCUCAAUUGGAAUUAAUGUUAUUCCAAUCUAUUUGGAGACCAAAGGCAAGUUCAGAUUGUUACCUUUGGAAUUGCAGCUUUGACAUUUAUUGCAUGAAACAUACCAAAAAUAAAUCCUCACCUAAAGGUUUAACUUAAAUCUGUAGAGAAGGUCUCAGGCUAUAGUGUUUGCCUCUUCAGGUGCCAUUGAUACUGCCUAAUACAGUGCCACUUGCUCUGGGAAGAUCCAUAACUCUUAGUUGUGUUGAAUGUAGGACAUGUUCUCCUGUGUUACACAGAUCUCAUGAAGAAUGACAAAACCAGCAUUUAAAGAACAGCUUGUGUAGUUGUAGCAAAUCAAUAAUAAGUGUCCUUCAAGGAUGAACAUGUAUUAUUUUGUAUUUUGCAAGUAAAACUUAACAUUAACCUCUAGUGCAUUGCACUCAGCUUUUGUAGUAUCUGUAUGUGUUCUGCAGGAAGGGGGGUUUUAAAGUCUUAAUAUUGACUUUGAAAGAAGGGUUGGAAAGGUGCAAUGAGGUCUGUUUUGUUUUUCCCGAGUACUGUCUGCCAUAGUUUACUUUAUGACAGAUAACUCCAAAAAAGAAAACCAUAUAUGUGUUAUAUAUAAUUUGUCUCUAAAGUAUUUCUUUGAAGAUUAUCUUAAUUGUAAUGUUUAAUAAGCUGUGCAUACUUGGAGCAUUGGGUUUUUAAAAACUUUUCAAUCAGAUAAUCUUUUUAAAUGUCUUAGAAAGCUCUAUGGACCUUGUUGUAUACUUUUGUUGUGGUCUUCUCAGAAAAUUGAACUUGUUCAGUCAGCCUGAAGCAAUAGCUACUGGAAGCAAACCUCACACAGCAGGGACUCUGCCGCUGUGUCUCAAAGGCUUGAAAUUGAGAUAUUCCAGUUGGUUAAUUGCCGAGCUGUAAUGGGAUACCAUACAGUGCUUUAAAUUUCCAGGGAAUAUCUACUACCAAAUUUCUGUCUUUGUGUUUUGUUUUGUUUUGUGUUAUAGUUAGGCUCUCUUGUUGCUCAAGAUGACCAUGAACUCCGAUUCUCUUGCCUCUGCCCUCUAAGUGCUGGCAUUACAGACAGACACCUUCCCACCCUACCCCAGUCCCCUCAUGCUCACCCUGUCCCAACUCUCAUUAUGCAACUGUGUAGAACCAGCCUGACUCAGUAGAGGAGGCUCAAGCUGGCUUGUAAUUCUGAAGCUAUGACAGCAUUGUUAGGUCAUGUAGCCCAGCUUUUUGUCUGUUAAACCUGGAUGUGUCUGCUCUGUUAGGAUGAGCACAGUUUGGGGUGUUCAAAAGAAUAAAUGUUCAUUUACUAAAGUGGCUUUUAAAAAAAAAUCACCACAAAAUAGUGAUUGAAGAACUUAAGUGGAGGAAUCAAUCUCCCCCUUUCUCUAAGGACUUUCUUCAUACUUCUCUGUUUACAUGCUCUUCUGUCCAAACUGCUAGUGUUAUAGGGACCCCUGUAGUGCUGAUUCAUAGCUCAUUUCUCCUCAUUGAUCAUGACUUUUAACAUUCCGAAGAAGAUAGCUAUGUCUGAUUGAUUUCAACAGGACAGAAUUUUACCAUGUAAAAUAAAGUGCUUUCUGCCUCCUCACAUACCUUGGUUUUUAAUGCCACCUAUUUUAGAAGCUAAAAAGUCUAGUUCUGCUCAGUUAUGUCAAACUUUCUGAAUGUACCCCAGUGGAUGUGAACUAAAUUAUACCAAUCACUCAUAGUUUAGUCAGCUUUAAAAGAGCUAAUGAGUUUUUGCCCAUUCAUGAGUGUUGCUAUUGCAUUUUUGUACAUGGCUGCAGAUUAUGUGCAUUUAUUCUGUAUUUAUGUUAACUAGCUGACUUGUACUUGAAUUAAAAAUAAAAAAUAAAAUGCUUUUGAAAAUGUGGUUUUAAAAGUA